ACUUAAUACUUGAGGAAUGGGUAAAACUUUUUGUGUACAGAUCGCAUGAAAGACCUGUGCUAUCACAUCGAACCCGCAAAGCAAUGCCUCCCAUCGGAUCUGAAGUUUUUGGUUCAGAACAAUAGUGCUCGGUGCGGCUACGACUUUUCAAACAUUUUUACUCCGGUAGAAAAAUAAUUAGUAGCAGUGAUUAUCUUUAGUGACUUGUUGCUGUCGUUCUCGUUGUUCAUCCCGCAAGAUAGAAACAGAAACUCAAACUCCCGUGCGGUAACCACUCGUAUCGCUUUGCUAUCUGCAUUUUAAUCCCAUUUCGAAAGCAGUCCGAAUCAGCAUCUUGGAUUCUACGAUGCCUGUGGAGGGAAACAAGUGGACCGUCCGAAGGCAUUCGUUGUUUUUGCCGCCACCACCACGACAGAUUUCAUCGACGAUUGCUUUCAGGGUGACGAAGGAACUUGUGUUUUCAUCUGAAUCUAAUUCGUCGUUGGUGCGAUAGCGAUUCCCUUUCCCAUUCAAUGACAACGAUGGGCUGGUAGAAAUACCAAUGGCUGUCACCUUGUUGUUGGUUCUUCGAACCGUUCGAAACGAAGAUCGAAUGGCACUCCUAAGCUGUGUUGCUACGUAGUGUUGGUCGCUGUCAAAAUCCUUCGCAUCCUCGUUAACAUUGGUGACGAGAGGAGGGACUGCUAAGACGAUGCAGAGAUUGCGAUUGCCACCGGCGCCAAUGUCGUCAAGUGCCACAGAUUCCCCUGUUGCGCACUUUACGGUCCCCCAUUGCGUUUCGGUCAGUGUUUCGAGAUCAUGAAUUUUCUCGGAGAGUUUCAAUUUACGAUCAGUGUCGCCCGAUUCCGAUAUGGCCUUGCUGUUGCUCGUAAGGUCGCAUGCCUCAUUGGUAAAAACAAUCAUAGCAGAAACAGUGGAAUUAUCUUUUCCGCUAGUGCCCCCGGUUUUCGAACAUGGAAAAUCUGUCCACAAACAACCAGGUGAUAUCUUGAGUGUGCAAGUGUCUGAUAAGCAAAACUCGGCCUCGGCCGGGGGCGACUCCUGAACCAAGUGGCUAGUAGGACUCCCAACGCUUGACAUAGACUGCCCAAGCGUUUCGGCAAGUGCUAUCAUGGUCUUCAUCCGUUCUUGGAUUUCUAGAAUGGACUCCUGGGCAGCCGUUGAUUGGGAACUUAUUGAACUGGAGGAAGACUGCUCCUUUACCAUGGAGCGCUUCAGGGUUAAAAGUUGCCGCUUGACAGAGUUUGCUUCGUCGUAGCGCUUUGCUUUCAACAGAGCUCUAAACUUUUCCUUGAGAUCUCUCUCUUUCGUUUUCAUGUCUGUCAAACUAGGAUAUGUUUUUCUGAGAUCUUCCAAUUCCUGCAAUGUUUUGUCAAUGUCGCUGGCACGGAGAUAAUAGUGGUUUUGCACAGCCUGUUCCUUUCGUGCCAUCCACUUGGCAACUUGUCGUUCGAGCUCUGUCGAGGACGCUACGGAAACCACUGGCCUCUGCGCCAAUCGCAGCAAUCUAUAUAGAUCCUCCUGUUGGCAUGAAGCGGCUUUUCUCGCAAUAUCUCGGGGAUUGCCGCUGCCCAUUAAAUUGUAAAGCUCGCUCUGGUGCGGAGAUCGAACUACGUCUUGCUUUGGAUCCACGAAGACGGUCGGUCCAGCAGCUUUUGAGUUAGGUAGCAAACAACUCUCAAAUUCUUCAACGGUAUCAACGGUGCAACUGCAAUCCUUUUCAUUCAAAGAUAGAAGCGGGCACGCAGAGCCAAAAACUCGGACCGUUGAUGUGUAAUCGAGUGGACCCAGAUGAAUGGUAGCUUCUUCCGAUUUCGAUCGCUUCGAUUUGACUCGGGACUCGUCGGUGGCCGUGAUCAAUAGAAUUUUCACGUUGACCUCGUUCAGAAUGUGGGUGAGGAAUCGUUCGAGCAUUUCGCCUGCUAUUUCGUUUGCAAAGAUACGACCAUCGAUGACGAGAAUGCUGUUUUUUCCCUCCAUCUCGAUAACAAUGCGUUCCCGACUUUCAGCGUAGUCUUCCUCGUCCCAAACAUCAUCUUCGGCUUCAACAAUCCAUUUCAUAACAUUGCAUAAAUCUCCAUAUAGAGAGUCUGGGUCCGGUGUGACACCGGGAGGGGUAGGAAACCAAUAAACGGAAUCAAUCUCCAACGAACGGGAUCGCUCUAAAAUAUAGCGACUCAAUACAGCCAGAAUACUCUUCUUUCCCGAUCCCGGGGCUCCUCCGACUCGAACCACAUCAUCUACCCUCAGGGAUUCAAGAAUUUCGUAAAGAUCAACCUCUCUUCCCACGAAUUGUUUCGGGACCUCUGGUAAAAUGCUCGUAUCUUCGGACAGGUCUUUUGCCAAAACAGAUUCAGUUAUCGGUGGUGGAGAUUGUUGGAAAAAAAUUUCCACGUCGUGGUUCGAACAAUGCUCGGGAAGCAAUUUAUAAGCGUCCAAAAGCCGGGGCGGUUUGGAAAAUUUUUUGCACUCGUUGAUUCCAAUGUCGAAAGCCUCUCGAAGCGUUUUUCUCUGCCCGAGCGCCCCGUAAAACGCCCUGGCGAAAUCGAUAGGCCCUUCGUCAGAGUAUGUGGUUUCUCGCUGCAACGCCACCACGUGGGGUACGCCUGCGUUCAAAAAGACUUCGCCAAGAUGACGAGAAUUGCAGGAAGAAACCACCACCAGCUUUAUCUUGCUGGCGGCGACCAUUUUCUUCAGAGAGUCCAGCGGCAGGGCUUGCAUAUAUCCGAAUCCGUUUUCGAGUAUGAGACAAUCGGAAUCAUUUCCAUGGCACGAGAAAUGCAUCACCGGACUCAAGGACUUGGAGAAAUACAGCUUGAAAUUGUUCUGGGUGGCAUUUUGGAACACGACAUCGAUGUUCUUGUCCUCGGGCAAAACGUCCCUGAGGCUUCGUGCUUCGAGAUCAAAGUCCAGGAGAGGAACUCCAACGUGUUGCAUUUUUUUCCGGUCAAAGUAUGCUAGAGGAGCAGAUUGGAAUACGAACAUUCGAUCAACC